AUGCAGACUUCAUCAGUCAUUCAGGCGAUCAAAGCCUUCUAUCUCCUCAGCAGUCUAGCCAUCCUCAUCAUCCGCCUGAUCCCUGCACUCAAAGAUCGAUUCCUCGCAUAUGGACCGCGUGCGGGAGACCAAGAUCACAGUAGUGGGAAGGGCAAAUCUACAAAGAAGAAUGAGCCUUGGGUAGGAGCGAGAUUUCUCGACUACGUUGCUACUUUCACUGUCCCUCAUGCAUGGUUCACUCACUUCUAUGUCCUAUCCAUCACAUGCUCACUAGCCAGUCUGUUCACUUUUCACCACUAUGCGGAAACGAUCAAGAACCCGAACAUGGACAUCCCUUUUUGCUGUUCGGUAUUGAUGCUACUUCAAGGUUGUCGACGACUGAUUGAGUGUCUCGUCCUUGCCCAACCAAGCAAUUCACGGAUGUGGAUAGGUCACUAUGUCCUCGGCAUGGUAUUUUAUGUGGUCACGAACCUCGCCAUCUGGGUGGAGCAUCUCGACAUCGACUUCAAUCAAGCCCAGAGAACCGAAGCAGGCAGGGAUCAGGGAACUGUUUUAUGGACGGCCAAAACUUUGAUAUGGACAUUCCUCUUCUUCUGGGCCAGUGACCGACAGAAUCUCUAUCACCGCUACCUGUCAGACCUGAAGAAAUACACCUUGCCAGAGAAACAUGCCUUCCGAUGGAUCGUAGCGCCACAUUACACUGCCGAGUGUCUGAUAUACCUCAGCCUCUCCUUCCUAGACGCGCCAUUUCGAGAAGUCCUUUCCCAGCACCAUGGUCACAGUCAGAAACCAGCAAUAGCAUCCAUCAACUGGACGCUCUUCUGCGCUCUUGUCUUUGUCGCGGUGAACCUAGGUGUGACGGCCGAUGGGACAAAGAAGUGGCUUCGGACAAAAUUUCCUGACAGGGCGUGGGAGGUCAUUAAGAGAUGGAGAAUGAUCCCCCCGGUUUAUUAA